AUUUCUCUUCUUCUCUGCUCUUUCUUCCCUCUAAAUCCAUUUCAUCGUUCUCCCAUCUCAUCACUUCUCACCCCAAAUUCAUUGAAAAUUCCGAAAUGCUCUGAUUAUUCCAAAUUUGUUUUUUAAACUCUCUUUUCCUUUUGUGAGUGCUUAUAUACAUAUCUAUUGUCUUUCGGUGUUUUGUAUUUAUAAGACGUGAUCAGAUUAAAGAAAAAUGGCUUCGUCGGAGAACUUGGCCAGUAUCGAUCCAUGGGCCUUCAGGCCCACUUUCAGCGACUGUUGGCUCUCCGAGCUCUUCGCUCGUGACACUGAAACCCUAACCAAAGCCCUCCAGAAAUCUCUCGAACCGGUCGUCGCUCCUUCCUCCGACUCCGACAUCUUCCGGACUGAACAGGUUCAGACCCCGACUCCGACCGUCUCCGGCCUCUCCGGCUCGGAUCCCGACACGCCGUCUUCCGCCGCCGCCUCUACGAAACGACACCGCCUCGCGAUUCCUCCGAAGGUGUCGAAGAGGAAGUCCCGCGCGACGAAGCGUUCGCAGACGACGUUCAUCACGGCCGACCCGGCCAACUUCCGCCAGAUGGUGCAGCAGGUCACCGGCGUCAGAUUUCGCGGCGUGGCGGCGCAGUUCGGCUCGGCGGCGGCGCCGAUCCUCAAGCCGGAGCCGCAGAGGGCCUGCGGCGCUAGGUUUCCCGUCGCUGGCGCGUGCCUCCCGACGCUCGACACGUCGGCGCUGCUUCUGGACCAUCACAGCAGCCAUCAGAGCCAGCAGGGCCAUCCGGUGGGGUCCACGACGGCGAUGGCGUCGCUCGUCGGCGCCGGUAGUGGCUCGGCGCCGACGAUGGUGUCUUCUUUUGUCGAAGCUGGAAGCGGUGGUUUGGACUUCGACGCUUUUCCGAGCUUUCCCACUCUGGAAUCUUGGAAAGUGAUGUGAUGGAUGAUUUUCUCUGUUUUUUUUUGGAAGCUAAUUUUAUGAAUAUGUUUUUUUUUUUUUGGGAAGGGAGAGGAAGGAAAUUACUGUUUUCUAAUACUAAAUUAGAGGAUAUAUCGUGUUGGGGGUUAAAGAGGAUGCGUGCAAUGGGAUCUUUGUUUAUAUUUUUGGUGGAAAAUUUCUUUUAUAUAAUUUCUUCUUUUUUCUCUUUUUGUUAGUAGCGGCGGCGGUGGUGUAUUUUUGAUUUUGUAUGGUAAUCAGUUUCACUUGUUUAAGCACUAAACAAAUUGGUUA